AUGCUCCGGACUCCGGGCAGCGCAAGUGGCGCCGCGCACAUCGUCUUCCCGCGGCCCAGCCAUUCGGCUCUCGCCGCGCGCGACCAUGCUCUCCUCCGCCCCAUUCCCAAGUCGACCGAGGACCAAUCGCAGCAAGGUGAUCCCCACCCGGCCCUCCAACCUGGCAGCAUCACCCAUCCACAGCUGCACACGCUCCUCUUGACCCUCGAGCUCCUCGCCCCUCCUGUCCAGUUCGGCUACGAAAGAGGCCAGGGAUGGCGAAGCGACGCCGCAGCCUACACCGACCUGCUGCAUUGGCGCGACGUCGAAGCCGUAGCCCUGCUCGACAGCGUCCAGCACCAGCUCUCCCAGCUCGACCCGCAGCUGUUUGCCGGCGAGCCGCUCCAGCGCCAGCUCGAAUGGACCCUCUUCAACGCCGUCGUCGCUCUCGCACGCUUCGUACCGGUCGCCGCGCAUCUGGAACAGGGAGAUGCAGAGUGCGAUGAGGCAGAGGCCAGCGAGGACGACGACGAGGCGCCCAACGACGGCUGGGUCACGUCAAAGUCGACCGGCGUAGCUACAGAUGCCCUCUCGAGCGCCACGUCGCUGCUCGCAUCCCGAACCACCCUCUCGCGCUACCGCCUCGCCACCUCGCUCCUCGACAUCCACAUCCAACCUCUCUACCGCGCCUCGGCCCAGUCGGGACCGACCGACCCGACGACGGGACGGAAACGCGCACCAGCACCGGGCCACGCGCUCCUCGUCUCGCCCGGCAUGGGCGUGCACGACUCGCUCGACGAGGUGCCAGCAUGGAAGGGCGGCGACGUCACCGUGCCCCCUGCUGCUGCUGCUGCUGCUGCAAACGCCGGCGGUGGAGCCGCUCUAGCACCGUCGCUCGCGCAGCGCGAUUCGGCGCUGGGGAACUGGAACGUGCUCGCGUACGCCAUCGUCCUGCUGCGCCGUUGCUGCGCCGGCGCUGACGACGACGACGGCGACGACGUGUGGAGACGGACGUGGUACCGCCUCGUGCCGCCGCUCAUGGCUCUGCUCGAGGACCACGAGCCGCGCUUCCGUCUUGCGGCGUCUCGACUGGUCCAGCUCCUCCUCCUUCCCUCUUCCUCAUCGAAUGACGAGGAACGGGGCAUCGACGCGACCCUCGUCCGCACGACGGGCAUCGCGACGCUGCUCGAAUCCGGUCUCGAGGCCAACCUGCACCUGACCACGGAUGCGCUCGGUAUCGAGUUGCUGGACAGUUCGAUCGGGUCUCUUCGGUCCCUCAUCCUCCUUCUCCUUCCCCCGGAUUCUGCCCCUGCCUCUACCUCUACCUCUACCUCUUUGGGGGAUGCCGGGGGGAGGGGGAGGGAUGGGUUCGAAGCGUUGUGCACCCUCGUAUCCGAGGGGAUACUGCACAAAUGGGCCUACAUCGUCAUGCCUUCCUCUCCCUCGUUGCGGAGGAGGGACAUCAGGAUGCUCGGUACGACGGUCAAGUGGCUACGUACCCUCUCGAUGGAUCUGGGUGGAGGGUGUAGGCGCUUCAUCGGGGUCGUUGUCGACGUCCUGCUCUGUUCUUGGCUGCGUCAGGUCCGCUUUGACCUUGCCCCGGUGUGGAUGCGGAGCGAGGUGGAAACGACGUCGGUCGAUAUCCUCGAUACCGCGCGUACCCUCUUGACCCUCUGUCUACCCCCCAACACCGGCAGGGGCGGGGGGAGGGGGAGGGGCAAGGUAGAGGCUGUAUCGGCCAAUCGAACUCGUAUCGUCGAUGCACUGGCACGCUGUUGGACUCGCUCGUCUGUCCCAACCCCCACUUCUCCUCUUCCUCAGCAGCAAGAGAGGGUGAGGGUUGAGGUGCGAACGGCUUUCCAACGUCUCUACACGACCCUCGUACACGUCGACCCCGCCAUUCGCAACCAUUUCGAGCGUCUCGUCACCCUCGAUCCCGAUCGGUUCGGACCUGUCUUUGCCUCUUCACCCUAG